AUGCGAGACUGGUGGCGGCUGGCCCUUCUCAGCCCCCUGGGUCUCCUAAAACCCUCGGAGGCCCUCACGCGAGGAGUCAAUCCGGCGGAGGCUCCCAGGUAUCACGGGGACACCUUUGCGUGUGCCGAGGGGCUCCUCGGCCACGCAAGGACGGAAGCGACGAACCCGGAACCGCUGCCUGUGCGGGUCGGCCUGGCGCAGACGAAAGGCUUCUUAUUCAGAAAGCUUGCAUGGCUAGAAAAGACAUGUGCGCGACGGCGCCGCGACGGACAGGUGGUUCUACUGCCCGAAUUCGGCCGGCACCCCGAGAUAUGUGUACAGCUCUCGACGCUCGUCUGGCAAGGCUCUGUCACAGGCAGCGUCGUGCUGCGGAGCGAUUGCGCACGCUUGCAGAGCUCAGGCGUCGGCGAUGGGAUUUGCGACUGUUGCGAUGGCUCCGACGAGUGGCAGUUGCCCGGAACCUGCCCCUGGGCCAAACGUUGCCCGAAGCGCAUUCCAGACUAUGCGACAAGACCAGCCCAGGUCAAGACCUCUGCGAAGAGCAGGGCCGAGCCAGGAAGGCAGCGCAGCCUCGCAGCCUCGCAGCCGCGUGUGACUGCUUUCUCCGUGGAGGCUCGCCUGGAGCAGCGCCGCGCCGAGAUGGAGCGGGGCAUCCGAAAGCGCCAAGCCGCCUUGGCCGACGCAGAGGCGGAGGUGAAGGAGUGGACUGGCAAGCUGGCGGUCCUGGAAGAGGAAGAAGCCGAGCUUUUAAAGAGCCUGCAGGCACGUCAGGAGAUCCAGCGGCAAAAGCGAGCUGCCGUGGUCAAGGAGGCAGAGCAAGCUGGCCGGGAGGUGGCGCCAGACUUGGCCCCAGAGAGCAAGAAAGUCUCGGAGUACGCCAAGUGGAUGGAGAAAGGAGACUCCGUCUCUGAAGGGGCAGGCACAAGUAACUCCGAGCAGGUGUGCAGCGACAAGGUUUGCAUCUCGAGAGCCGCUGUUGCUCGGAGGGAUCUGCGCCAGAUCAAGGUGAAGAGCGGAGCCCUCGUGGACUUCGUGGAGUUCGUCUAUGCCUCGGGCGAGCCACAGGUGGUUGGAGAAGGGAAAGGCGAGGAGCAGGAGCCCUUCGACCUGGAACCUGGCGAGGUUUUGGUGGAGAUCCGGGGCGGUCAGGGCGGACUUUUGGACCGGAUCCAGUUCGUGACCAGCCGUGGCCGGGAGUCCAAUGCCUAUGGCGGUAGUGGCGGCGACGCUUUCAGCUUCAAGGCCAGCGAUGGCAAGAUGAUCGUCGGCCUUCGCCGCGCUGUCGGUCUGGCCGGGCGAGUCACUGGCAUGGAAGAAGCCCUUUUCCGUCCCUUGACGCCUGCGGAGAAGGAGCUCGAAGAUGCCAUGGGACUCGUGCAGGAAGCUGAACGUGGCCUCGCGGCCAAGGCGGCAUCGAUGCAGGAGCUGAGAGAAAAGAUCGAGUUGGCUGCGGGCGCCCACGCGGCCUACCAGAGCCUCAACGAGUGCGGCACUGCCCAGCUGGGUCAGUACAACUACAAGAUUUGCCCCUUCGGUGAGGCGACACAGGGUCAUGCGCCUUUGCUGCAAGUCUCCUCUGAAGAGUCCUCGUCACCCAAUGUCAAUUCUAUCUCUGAGGUCCGGCUGGGCCGUUGGAAGGGCUGGGCGAGUGACGCCCGGCAUGUAGGCCUUUUCGACAACGGAGAACGCUGCUUCUCGGGCAUCGUGCGCUCCCUCCGGGUGCAGUUCGAGUGUGGAGAGAAGCAUGUUGUUGAGACCGUGAGGGAGCCGAGCCAAUGCGUGUAUGAGGCGACCAUGACGCAUCCAGCCGCCUGUGAUCCUAGAGAUUUCGAGGACAGCGAUCGAGUCCUCCAGCCCCAUGAGGGGCAUGUGGAGCUGUGA